AUGCGGACAUUUGCCUGCACUGGACUGUGCAUGGCUCCGCUCACAGAGGCAGGGAUUUCCUUCAAAAAGUUGAAAGCUAACAGUUUGUUUGAUAUUAAAUUUGAGAAUAAAGUUAUGAAGAUUCCAGAAUGGGAAAUUUUUGAUUCAACAGAAUCAUUGUUCCGAAAUCUGAUUGCAUAUGAGUACUACCUCACAGGCAGUCCUCAAAAACUUGUGACCGACUACGUAUUCUUCAUGCAUUGUCUCGUCAAUUCCCCCGAAGAUGCAAAAUCGUUACGCCUUAGUGGAAUCAUUAGCAACUUUCUGGGGAGCGAUGAAAUGGUUUAUCGUCUAAUCAACCAGCUAGAAAAGAAUUUCAUAAGUUCUGAAACGUUUUCGUAUUCUGAUAUUUUCGAUGAUGUGAACGUUCAUUGUGGACACCAACGGAAUAAAUGGAUGGCGAAAUUAAGGCGAGAAUAUUUCAACAGUCCAUGGGCACUCAUUUCUUUCCUUGCUGCCAUUAUCUUGCUUGUGCUCGCCAUCAUACAGACUACAUUUGCUAUUCUCUCAUUCCGCAACGAUAUUAAGGGGAACUGAUUCCAAGCGUUUGAAGUUGGCAACAAUGUAUGGUAACUCAAAUUACUAUUAACUUCAAGGACGAUAUAGAGCCUAGAAUAGCCUGAAUCAUAAUAGUGUUUGAAUUUAUAUGAUGGUCUGUACGAUGAAUGAAUGUUACAAAAUAAAGAUUCAG